AUGUCUGGAGCAACGUACGAACAUCUAUCUAUCUAUCUAUCUAUCUAUCUAUCUAUCUAUCUAUCUAUCUACAGGCGGCUCAUAAUCUAUCUAUCUGUCUAUCUAUUUAUCUAUUUAUAUAUCUAUCUAUCUAUCUAUCUAUCUCAUUCUGUUCGUAUCUAUAUAUUUAUCGAAGUCUGUUCAUAUCUAUCUAUCUAUCUAUCUAUCUAUCAUAGGCGGCUCAUAAUCUGUCUAUCAGUCAAUCUAUUUAUCUAUAUAUGUAUCUACCUCAUUCUGUUCAUAUCUAUCUAUUUAUCUCUCAGUCUGUUCAUAUCUAUCUAUCUAUCUAUCUAUCUAUCUAUCUAUCUAUCUCAGUUCAUUAUCUAUCUAUCUAUCUAUCUAAUUCUGUUCAUUAUCUAUCUAUCUAUCUAUCUAUCUAUCUAUCUAUCUAUCUAUCUAUCUCACCCUGUUCAUUAUCUAUCUAUCUAUCUAUCUAUCUAUCUAUCUAUCUAUCUAUCUAUCUAUCUCACCCUGUUCAUUAUCUAUCUAUCUAUCUAUCUAUCUAUCUAUCUAUCUAUCUAUCUAUCUCAGCGUUCAUUAGCUACUUAUCUAUCUCACUAUGCUCAUUUUAUUUCGUUUGUUUUUCGGUGUCUAUCAUUACUUUCUUUCUUUUUUUCUUUCUUUUUUUUCUUUCUUUUUGUCUUUCUUUUUUCUUUCUUUCUUUUUUCCUUAUUUCUUUUUUCUUUAUUUCUUCAAUUGUUUAGUUUUUUCUGUCUUACCCUUUUUCUUUCUUUUUUCUUUCUUUCUUUCUUUUUUCCUUAUUUCUUUUUUCUUUAUUUCUCCAAUUGUUUAGUUUUUUCUGUCUUACCCUUUUUCUUUCUUUCUUUUUUCUUUCUUUCUUUUUUCCUUAUUUCUUUAUUUCUUCAAUUGUUUACUUUUUUCUGUCUUACCCUUUUUCUUUCUUUUUUCCUUAUUUCUUUUUCUUCAUUUCUUUAUUUCUUCAAUUUUGUUUACUUUUUUCUCUCUUACACUUUUUCUUUCUAUUUUUCUGUUUUACCAAUUGUUUACCUCUUUCUAUUUCUCCCCUUUUCUGUCUUUUUUCUUUACAUUUUUCUUUUUCUUUCUUUCCAAUUUUUACCAUUUUUCCCCUUUCACCAAUUGUUGACCUCUUUCUCUCUUUCCCUUUUUCUUUCUUUCUUUACAUAUUUUAACUUUUUUUUUUGCCAAUUGUUGACUUCUUUCUGUCUUUCUUUCUUUCUUUCUUUUUUCUCUUCAAGAUCGUUUCUUCUUUUUCUUUCUCGCCUUCAUUUUUCUUUCUAUCUCUCUUGA